AUGCAAGCAACAAAGAGAAAGAGACAUGUGACUGAAGACUCAGAUGAAGAAGGUAAUUUUUGUUGUUAGAAAAUAGGUUCACUAAUAGUUAAGAGUGGAAAUGUGAUCUCUGUACAAUGAGUAAUAAGGCUGAAAAAGAAGACCAACUCUAAGGGUACCUUCUUUUUUGGGGUUCUGGUGGGGAUGGGGGGGGGUGUAAGAACUGGGAAGACCCUGGGAGGGGGAGAGAGACAACUUUUGUUUGGUUAAUACAUGCAAGGCUGGGGGGUGGUUUACUUGUAACUGCCUUUCAACAUGGGCUCUUUUUAGCAAAACCACUAGCACAACUCAUUCUUGGUAUAAUAUUAUUAUUAUUAUCAUCUCAUUUUUAGUAAUUAUUUUAUUCCUCCACUGAUCAGAAUCCAAGAUAUUCAAAUCUUCUGAGGAUACAACUGGCAGAUCAGAGGGCAGUGAUGGUAACACUCACCAGAUUACCACUGGUUUCACAGCUAGUUCAAAGAAUCCUACAAGCAAAACAAAGAACCAAAGAACCACAUCUAAAAAAAAGAGAAAAAAGAAAAGAAAGAGAGAAAGAAAGGAAAGGACUCUAAAAGAGUGCAUUAGGGACCCUCCUGAGCUUAAAAACGUUCUCCCAUCUUUGGCUGAGAUUAAGGCAGUAACCAGACCUUCAAAACAUGCUGAUCUCCCUGUUGAUGUUUUGUUACUGACAGUGAAGGAUUGUGAGUUUUUAGCUUGUUACAGUGAGCUAAAAAAUCCUUAUAGAUGUUAUUUUGAUGAUCUUGGUUAUGUGUACUUUUCUGAUGUGAGUGAAAGUCAAGAGGAAGUUAAAGUUGCAUUGUUAAGAUGUUACAAAAGUGGUCCUGGUGGUUCUCUCGUCUCUUUAAAGAAUGCUGCCACUGUGCUAAGACCUAAAGCAGUUAUAUCUGUUGGCGCAUGUAGUGGUCUUGACCCUGAGAAAUCCAAGUUAGGAGAUGUUGUUGUUUCUGCCAAAUUAGCAACAUAUGCAUCCAAAGUGGUGAUCAAUAAUCAAGAACAGUCAACUGGCAUGAGGAGUUAUGUAAGCAAACACUUCCUGGGUGUCAUUAAGAAUUGUGCUGAUGGCUGGCAAGCACCUUUGAAGAACCUGGCUGAUGCUCAACAAGUUCAAGUUCAUACUGCUGCUGAGUUUCUGAGUGGACCAGAACAAGUCAUUUCGGAACGGCGACGUGAUCAACUUGCUGAAACCAAUCCUCAGGCAAUAGCAAUGGAAAAUGAAGGAGAAGGUGAGUUGCCUAAUUUUUUGAAGCCAGUCUUUAUAAGAAGGUGCACACAGCCAGGUCAAGCUUUCCUUGAGGUGGAAAGAGACACAGUAGCAUGCAUCAUACUUGUACUAGGAAAGCAAAAAUUUUGUUUCCUUUAAAGCAUCAUAAGGUCGGGAGUUUGGCACUUAAAAUCAUGUCUGUCAGUUUCAUUGGGAAAUCCUCUGGUUUUUGCUAGAGAAAUAAUUGUCAUAUUGCCUAAAACAUUAUGCGGCUAAAUCAAGUUUAGGCUAAGUUUAACUCUAGACAUUGUUGGCCAGUUAAGUUGGUCUUUCAAAUGAGAGGGCUCUCCAGGGACCCUGGGGAAUUCACAGCUUCUCUGUUGAGGUCAUACCAUUACAUUCACGUAGCUUAUUAACGUUGCUUGUACUCGUCAAUUGUUUUGCUCCUUACCCUGCCUUCCCUUUGGUAAGUACAGUGGAACUCUGUUAAUACUGUCACUAAUGGGUCAAAACAAUUUGGCAACGUCAACAGGGUGGCUGUAUUACAAGGGCAGGGUCAAACUUCAUGACUUGAGGACUGUACAACUCUGUUCUCUUAAAUAAAUAACAGGAAUGUAGAUAUCAUGUACCGUAGUUUUAAAAACUACUUGAAACUCUGUCAGGACAUAAAACAGUUUUCAAGAAUAGGCUAUUAGACCACCACAAAGUACAUUGUAAGUGACCCAUAGUUUAAAAACAGUAGAAAAACAAGCUCAGGUUAAUUACUAGGUCAAUGAAAUGGACAUGCCACAGGCAUUUCAGUUUUCAAAAUUUCUGACAAGUGAAGUUUUAGUGGGGUGAAAUAUUUUAUUGUAAAAGAUACUACUGUUUGGUAUUUUAAAAUAUGGCCAUUGGCCACAUCAAUGGGUGACUGUGUUAACAAGGUUUUUUCAUUAUAAAAUGUAUGGCCAUUUUGCCAGGCCAAAAAUAACAAGGUGACGGUAUUACUAGGGUGGCCAUAAGGCGGGGUUCCACUUAAUACAAGCUCCACUGGUUAGCUGUGAGAUGCUGCCUGAAUUAUUGCCACUCGAAGGGUUGUCAUGGUUAUGAGCAGCUGCACUCGACUGCAGUUUCCUGGCUCUACAAGCCUUGCAAGCACUUCCACCCACACUCAUCUUUGUUGAUAAAUUUAAAUUACAGUACAAUGAAACUUAUACAAAAAUGGCUGCCAGCAUCUCCCACUGUCUGGUCAAGUUUCUUAUUUUGCUGAUGAAGACACUUAAAUGAAACAGGACUUUUCCCAAACCUCAUGUACUGUUUGUUCUGUUGUUUAACAGGAGUAUUUACAGCAGCAUUUGAUUGUCAAAUUGAGUGGUUAAUUGUGAAAGGAAUAGCUGACUAUGCAGAUGGUUCUCAGUUAACUUCAGAGAGUUGGUCUUCCUGUGCCAGUGUGAUGGCAGCAUCUCUUGUUGCACACAUGUUGAAUGAACCCUGUGUUUUCCGUUCAUGGCCUCAUUAUCAAGGUAAUCAUGCUAUCAUAAAGUGCUGCCACAUCUUGGCAUCUGAUUUAUUGUAUCCACUGUUGCGUUGGUUCCAUAGUACGGUCACAGAUAACCUACAUGGUACAUGCUCUGGGAUGCAUGCCAUCCCAAAUUCAGCUGUCAAACACUCACCACUUGUUCAAAUUGUUUAAGUUGAGAUUCAAGUACUAUAGUGAAUGUGAUGCAUUUCUGUAAAAUAACAAGAAGCAUUAGAAGUGUGCAUCUUAUUAUUUAGGGACCAGUACGAUUUGAGAUAAUUUGCAAUAUUUAGAAGCUAUCAUGAUAGUCCACAUUAUACCCGUAAAUCCUGUAUUAAGCCCCCCUCUUCUCAAAUAACCCCCUCCCUCUUAUAAUCCCCCCUUCCCUCCCCUAAUUAUUCUUUACUAAUAAUUGAUAGACUGUAUUAAUCAAUCACGACUGUGAAACUUCGUGUGGAAUGAUCCAGGAUGGUUUCAUACCAACUGGAAGUUUGGAUUUGAUUCUGAUCCUCCGUGCAUGACCUUAAACCUUCUUGUACUUGAGUUUUUCCACUUAGUUUUGUAGUUCUCUAUGGAGAGCUGAUACCAUCGUCUUUUCUAAAUUAAUUAAUUCCCCCAAAUCUCAAAUAAGGAGGAUUUACGGUAAUGAUAUUUUCACAUUUGACAUGCAUAUUUCAGACAGUGGUGAAAAUAUUAUUAUUAUUAUCGUUUUAUUCGUCGUCGGUGAAUUAAUAAAAUAUCAAUUUUGUUAUCAAACUAAUGAGUGUUUUUUCUUCAGGACCGCAACCACAAGAGUUAAUCACCGAAACCUCAGUCGCUCCUUUCAUCGAACGUAUGAAGAAACAUGUCCGAGAUGUCACUGACAAACCUUACAGAGACCUCAAAUCACCUUUUCAUAAUCCAGGCGAAGGACCUAGAAGAGAUCUAAAACUUGACGAAAUCUUCACCAAUUUGAUUGUUUAUGAAGGGAGAGCGAAGUAUGACUUUUCAGGAGACAGAGUGAAACAGCUAAACGAGUACCACAAAGCCAAUGAAAGUUUACGACCAACACUGCCAGGAGAUAUUUUUAAUGCUAAAGAGCAGAAGAUUCUUGUUGUCGGUCGUCCUGGAAUUGGAAAAACCAUGUUUAGCACAAAGAUUCUUCGCAACUGGGCGUCCGAUAACCUUUUCAACGAAACACAAAAAUCGCAAGUCGAUUUUAAAGUUGCCUUUCUCGUUAAGCUGAGAAUGUUUAACUCUAGAAACCAAGAACUAAAUCUUCGCGAGAUUCUGGAUCACUCAGAGUAUUCAACCGCUCUUUCCGAAGAGCUCUGGAACUACAUCCGCCAUAACCCAGAGCGAGUACUGUUGAUUUUUGAUGGAUUUGACGAAUAUACUGGUAGGACUAAAAUAAAUGAAGAUGACAUUCCGUACAGAAACAGUGAAGAGGAAAGGAUGCCUGUUUAUUUCCUUAUGAAGAAAAUAGUACAGGGAAAAAUUCUUACCGGUGCGACAAUCCUAACGACUACAAGACCCAAUGCCGUGAGAUUUAUCACAAGUCUUGACUUCGACAAAAUAGUUGAAAUUCUGGGAUUCUCAACUGAGCAAGUGAAUGAUUAUGUAGAGAAGUUUACAAAGGAGGAGGACAAAGCGGAAACCAUAAAGCAACACAUCACCAGUAACUUAAACCUUGUAGCCUUCUGCUACGUUCCUGUUAAUUGCUUUAUCAUUUGUAGUUGCUUGUUAGAGUUGUUUGGUAACACUGGCUUUACCAGCCUCCCGACGAGACUGACAGAAAUAUACUCAAUUGCAGUAAGGAUGUUUUACUUUAGCUACGAUGAUGAUCAAUAUCGCCACAAUAAAACUGAAGGUCAACAGUAUUUUCUUAAGCCGUUUAAGGAACUGCCUUCCUCUGUGCAAAAUGUGUUCACACGACUGGGAAAAAUUGCUUUUGAUGGUAUUAAGAAAGGAAGACUAAUUUUUGAAUCACACGAAGUUAACGAUCUAGAGAGUAAUGGCCUGUUUCACCGUUUACCUGAUUUUAGAGACCGUCCUUUAGCAGAGGGAAGAGCGCAAUAUUGCUUUUUACACCUGACCAUGCAGGAGUUCUUGGCGGCCAAGUAUUUGGUAGACACGUUGAGUUCCGAACAACUGCGGGAUUUUGUUGCCGCUCACAUCCAGGAAGGCGCAUGGAAGGUUGUGAUGCAGUUUGUGGCUGGACUGCUGCCUGAAAAAGAAGGACAGUCAACAGAUAUUUUCAGCGAUCUUCUUCCCUCAAAAACGUUUACCCAACGAAUUGAAAUCGAGAUGGAUAAAGAUUCAGAGGAACGAAGUGAAACACUGAUCUGUUGGCCAGCUUAUGAAGACAAGGCUUUAGUGGUGACGCUAUUCAAUUGCAUGUAUGAGAACAAUGCCUCUGAUCGAGAAGUUCAAAAGAAACUGGCGAAAAUUGGUUGUAAUGCGCUUCAUUUUAGUAGGUGUAACCUGUCACCUCUCGACUGUUUAGCAUAA